AUGGGAGAUGAAGAUUGGGAAGCGGAAAUAAUCAAACCUCAUAUGUCUUCCUAUGUUCCUGUAUUUGAGAAGGAGAGGUAUUCUUCUGGAGCAAAUGGAGACACUUUUAACAGGACUCCAGCUUCAUCAUCAGAAAUGGAUGAUGGACCUUGAAGAGAUCAUUUCAUGAGAAGUGGAUUUGCUUCUGGGAGGAGUUUGGGAAACAGAGAUGCUGGCGAGUCUAGUAAAAGGGAGAAUACAUCCACAGUGGGUGGCUUUGGAGUUGGAAAGAGUUUUGGAAACAGAGGUUUUUCAAAUAACAAGUUUGAAGAAGGUGAUAGCUCUGGUUUCUGGAGACAAUCUAGUAAUGACUGUGAAGAUAAUCAAACACGGAACAGAGGAUUUUCCAAGAGAGGCGGCUAUCAAGAUGGAAAUGAUUCAGAAGCUUCAGGGUCAUCCAGAAGAGGUGGAAGAGGUGGUUUCCGAGGUCGCAGUGGAGGAUUUGGUCUAGGAAGUUCAAAUAGUGAAUAUGAACAAGAUGAGGGGAUGCAGCGUGCUGGUGGCCUUUUUGGUUCUAGAAGACCAACUUUAAGUGGUGCAGGUAAUGGUGACACUUACCAAAACAGAAGUGGCAGUGGAAGUGGACGAGGUGGUUACAAAGGUUUAAAUGAAGAAGUAAUAACAGGCUCUGGAAAAAAUUCUUGGAAGUCAGAAGCUGAAGGAGGAGAAAGUGGUGAUACUCAAGGACCAAAGGUGACCUACAUACCACCUCCCCCACCUGAGGAUGAGGAUUCCAUCUUUGCACAUUAUCAGACAGGCAUAAACUUUGACAAAUAUGAUACUAUUCUUGUAGAAGUAUCUGGACAUGAUGCACCACCAGCAAUUCUGACUUUUGAGGAAGCUAAUCUCUGUCAGACACUGAAUAACAACAUUGCUAAAGCUGGUUAUACUAAGCUUACUCCUGUGCAGAAAUACAGUAUUCCUAUUAUACUAGCAGGGCGAGAUUUGAUGGCAUGUGCUCAAACAGGGUCUGGAAAGACUGCAGCUUUUCUCUUGCCAAUUUUGGCACAUAUGAUGUGUGAUGGAAUAACAGCCAGUCGUUUCAAAGAUCUGCAGGAACCAGAGUGUAUUAUUGUAGCACCAACUCGAGAGUUGAUCAAUCAGAUCUAUUUGGAAGCCCGAAAAUUUUCUUUUGGGACCUGUGUAAGAGCUGUUGUUAUAUAUGGGGGAACCCAGUUGGGUCAUUCAAUUCGACAAAUAGUACAAGGCUGUAAUAUAUUAUGUGCUACUCCUGGGAGACUGAUGGAUAUCAUAGGUAAAGAAAAGAUUGGUCUCAGACAAGUCAAAUAUUUAGUUUUGGAUGAAGCUGAUCGCAUGCUGGAUAUGGGUUUUGGACCAGAAAUGAGGAAGUUAAUUUCCUGCCCAGGAAUGCCAUCAAAGGAACAGCGUCAAACCCUUAUGUUUAGUGCGACUUUUCCAGAGGAAAUUCAAAAGUUGGCUGGGGAGUUUUUAAAGUCGGAUUAUUUGUUUGUUGCUGUUGGACAAGUGGGUGGAGCAUGUAGAGAUGUUCAGCAGACCAUUCUCCAAGUUGGCCAGUACUCAAAAAGAGAAAAACUUGUCGAAAUUCUGCGAAACAUAGGUGAUGAAAGAACUAUGGUUUUUGUUGAGACUAAGAAAAAAGCAGAUUUUAUUGCUACUUUCCUUUGUCAAGAAAAAAUAUCAACAACAAGUAUUCAUGGUGACCGAGAACAGAGAGAGAGAGAGCAAGCUCUGGGAGAUUUUCGCUGUGGAAAGUGCCCAGUUCUUGUUGCUACUUCAGUAGCUGCCAGGGGGCUGGAUAUUGAAAAUGUUCAACAUGUUAUCAAUUUUGAUCUUCCUUCUACCAUUGAUGAAUAUGUUCAUCGAAUUGGACGUACUGGUCGUUGUGGAAAUACUGGCAGAGCUAUUUCCUUUUUUGAUCCUGAAUCAGAUAACCAUUUGGCACAGCCUUUAGUGAAAGUACUGUCAGAUGCUCAACAGGAUGUUCCUGCAUGGUUGGAAGAAAUUGCCUUUAGUACAUAUGUUCCUGGCUUCAGUGGUAGUGCAAGAGGAAAUGUAUUUGCAUCAGUUGAUACUAGAAAGGGCAAGAAUACUUUGAACACAGCAGGGUUUUCUUCUUCACAAGCUCCCAAUCCAGUAGACGAUGAGUCAUGGGAUUAA